AUGCAUCCCAGCACCCCGAGCGUGUCGCUUGAUCGAACCGAACCCAGUCUCACGCCGGAGGGUAUCAAGAGAAGCCCCACCUCACAUACACAUGAAAGCGACCGGUCCCCGCAACACGGUCACCAGAGAUUGGUAUUCGUCGACCCGGUCGCCCUUCGAUACCUUGAAGAAGAUUCUUCCACCGAUGUGCUUCACCGACGGGCCACACUCCAGGGCUAUGAGAUAUACAUUGUUGAACAAUGGGCUUGUUCUCGUGUGCACCCGACGUUCGUCAUAUCGACAUUUACUGGUGAUCUGUCGCAUACCGUAAUAGUGGGAGUUUUGAGUGUACCGACAAAUGAGAGUACAUGGUCGCCUCGUCUGCGGAUGUACUUCGAUGCUAUGAAGCAAUGCCACGCCAAAAAGAAGGAAACACCACUAGGGACAGUCAUGGUCACAGACUUGGGUUCAUUUCCUUCCGCUUUGAGUGUCAUACCCGUCCCAGAAGGUGAUAUCAAGAAGCAUAGAGAAGACUUCAUUGUGAACGAGAACUUGAAGAGACUUGGGUGCGCUGGUCGCGCCGGACUGAAGCUCCAAUCCCCGUCCGCUGCCACUGAGGCGAAGUUCCACCAGCUAUACCGGACCAGCGAGAGAGUUCCGCUAUAUGCUGCGGUGAUUGAGUUAGUGAAACAAUGCCAGAUUGCGCUGAUGGUGUUUGAUAAGUUAGCACCGGAGUAUGUCGACGGUCUGCUAUGUGAUGUGACUGAGGCUGCAAUCAGCGACUGGUGGACAGACAUUGGAACCGACUUGUAUAAUAUCGAGCCAAGCGACAGCAGUCUAGGACCGACAAGUGUCGCUGCCAUGUUAGGCACGUUGCUCGGAGCUCGAAACCGCCUGCAUGCUUAUGGAGCCCCUGUGGGGAAAGAUGCAUUCGACUUCUACAACCUGAAGAGGGGGAUUAGCGGAUUCCAAAAAUCACAGAAAAUGAAGCGCUCGCGAAGACUCGAUCGACAUACUUUAGAUCGUCUGCACCGCGCCACUGCCAAAGCUGCGAACUCGGAAGGAUGGACGGAUGCAGUGAAAUCAACCAUGGCAGAACUCAGUGGGCAGGGUGGUGAGAUGGUUAUGGGAAUGGUUCGCGGGCGCGACAAAGGUGGUAUCGCUGAUAUCGAAACGCUCGAUCUGGAUACUUUUGUGCAGUGCUGCAACGGCGGAAGAGCAAAGUGGCUUUGGCUCGGUAAGCCGCGCAAGAGUGGCCAUGAAGAUGGUUUCUCACGUGGAACUGGAUCCGACAUGAUGUUCACUACCGACGAACAAGGUGGAUAUGUCUGGACCAGCCGCAAGAAACACCAAGGAGAGGAUUCAGGCCCCGAGAGAUCUAGCUUGGCCCUUGACCGUCCGAUGCACAUAGCCGAUCCAUCAGUUACCGAAGAGAAAGAUUAUCGCAAGAAGGGUGUCAGUGGCCGGGUUUCAGAUGCGCGCGCUGGGCUGGGACGCUUCAAGGAUGCAGUUGGACUCCAAGGGCUUCGCUCGCACCACCAUCACUCCCGCGAAAACUCCGAAUUGACACAUGAUGCUGCCUACCGCCCCUCAAUCGACAGUGACAACGAUACACCGUAUACGAAAGCGCGAACAGACUCCGGUUUCAGGUCUGAAACGAGGACAACAAACGAGUUUGAUGAAGUCAUUGAAGAAGAAAACGAGCACGAGGAGCCUUCUACUCGACUCUCUCCCAUACCUGACUCCGGCGAGAUCAAAGCCCCCGAGAUUCAUAUCGAGGCGGCACCGCUUGACGAUGAGCCCGAUCAGACUCAGCUCAAUCCAUCUCUCGUGCAGCAGCCUCAGAUGAUUGACGAAGAAUCGGACAUUGAGCGUGUCAUGUCUCGAUCUACUGCAGCAUCCACGGACCGCGAGCGCGAUCGUGAUGGCUCAAUAAGUGGGAUUGCUACGAUGGCCCUACGGCGUCAUCAAAGCUGUGAAGAAUUCCAAGAUGUUGAACGUGAGAUGGAGAGGCGAGACAAUGACUGCGCACGACACCUGUCAUUUAGCACGGUUGAAGAAGUGGUCCUCAAAUGGGAACCUGCAGGCGGGAAACCAACGAUUAAGGACACUAAUGAUCUGGAAGAGGCCAUCGCCCAAGAAGACAUGCUCUCAUCCGAAGGCCGGAUCUUCAGCUCGCGCAUCCUCGAGUUGAGCCAGCACACCGCGCCAUGGGUUGAGCGACAAGUGGACUCCGUGGAUGGUCUCAACCAGACAUUGUACGAGAAACACGAAGAGCUCAACUCAAUCUACCUGGAACGAUUCUCCGAAUACCAGCGCCUGCGCGAACGCUCCAGCGAUAUUCUCAUGGACGAAGGCCAUCAGCUGGCCGAUGGAGUCAAGCGCGUUGAAUUGCUCGGCGCCAAACUUGACUACGAACUGCAUGUUCUCGAGUCCAAGGUCGAGGACAUGGAAGCUGGACUCAGCGACUUCGAUCGACACAUCGUCAAUGUCGAGACGAGGAUCAAAACCUUGGUCAAAGGCGAAGAACAACACGAUACCUCAUGGACAGCAUGGAUAGCCCGAGCCAUGGGCUUCUCGACUUGA